UUAUGUUUGUCAAAACACACUGUUGUCUCCGUAUUUCAACAUUUCAAACAGAAUUUCUAUCGUAAAAUUUCCAAUGUAAAAAAUGUGGAAAAAUCUUAAUUCAAAUGUAGUCAAUCAUCAGACGCCGUUACGGCGAUUUGUAUCAAAAUAUGCAUCAACAAAAGACAGACCGCUUAAAAAAAAGAUGCAAGUUAUGAAUCAAGACGUAAGUAAAUUCCCAAUAUACGAAUAUCAACGAAGUAAACCAACGGAUCGUCGUGUUUAUGUUUGGGGCCAAGCGGUAACCGGUGCAUGUGGUUUCAAUAAAACACUACACGAUCAAAAGUUGGCAAAAAUUGUACGGAGUCCAUCGCGUUUACCAUUUGCAGAACAGUUUGAUGUUAUCGAUAUUGCAGCCGGCUACGGCUUCACUCUCUUUGCUUGUAAGCCGGAAAAAGAUAUGACAUUGUUUGGAUGCGGUUUAAAUACAGAUUCACAAUUGGGUUUCCAAAAACAUGGAGGUAAAACAAAUAAACCCAUGGAAAUAAUGUAUUAUCCAGCACCAAUAGCGCUGCCCAGGGGACGUGCCGAUGAAAGUUUAAAUAUUAAAAAAUUAGCAGCUGGUCGAGCACAUUCAAUUGUUUUAUCUGAAUCGGACGUUUUAUUUUCGUUGGGAAACAAUGCGUACGGUCAAUGCGGUCGACCUGUUGUUGAUGGUGAAGAAUAUGCUGCAAGUGAAAUGAUUCACAGAGUUGAAGGGAGAUCAAUAUUCGGUGAAGAUGAUAAAGUAAAAGAAAUUGUAUGCGGUUUGGAUCACAGUUUAAUAUUAACCGAAAACGGAAAAGUAUUCUCUUGUGGAUGGGGCGCUGACGGCCAAACUGGAUUAGGACAUUUCAAUUCGAUUGGCGAAUGGACACAAGUACGUGGUGACAUUGAAAAUGAGAAAAUUGUUAAACUAGCAUGUAAAUUCGAUUGCGUGUUUGCAUUGAAUGAUAAAAACGAAGUGUUUGGCUGGGGAAAUUCAGAAUAUAAUCAACUAGGUUUAAGCAAUGGUAUUCAACAAGUCAAUACACCGAUUAAUUUGAAAUUGCUUAAAAAGUGCGGCAAAAUUAUUGACAUAGCAACAGCUGGUUCUGCGUGCAUGGUAUUAAAUGACGAGGGUGAUGUGUUUGUGUGGGGUUUCGGCUUAGUUGGUUUGGGACCCAAAGCCGAUCAAGUGAUUGAACCGACAAAAAUUCCAUCGAUACUAUUUGGUCGCAAUGAUUUUAGUCCCGAUAGCAAAGUUUGCUCCAUUUUUGCCGGAUUUUCACAUUUUGGCGCAGUGACGAGUACACAUGAUCUAUAUAUGUGGGGCCAUAAUCGAUGUGCUUGCCUCGGUUUAAGAAACGAAAAAGAUCAAUAUUUUCCAUUAAAAGCAUCCUUACCGGCGCAGGUUUUAAAAAUUGAGUGCGGUGUUGAUCACACGGUUGCAUAUUGUAAAGCCUUUGUUUGAAUAUAUGUAAAUAAAUGUUAAAAACGCAAUUAAAAUUUGUUUGAGACAG